GUUACACAUGCCUGUGUUUCAUCUUUAGGAGUGCCUAGCACAGUCGCAUAUGGCCGAAGUCCUGCCCGUCGCCUCUCAGUUGUUUUUUAGGUCCAUCAGAAACGCCAUGCUCCAGGCUCUGGAGGACGAAGAAACCGCCGCCGCUGCCGCAGGGCCUCCUGCGGAUCCUCAGAGCGGCGAGGACUACCUGUUUGUGGAAACCACGCAUCCCAACACAGUCCUGCGGGGCCUGAACAGCAUGCGGCUCAACAAAGCCUUCUGUGAUGUGACCCUGUGCUGUGGAGGGCAGGAGUUCCCCUGCCAUAGAAUUGUACUUGCAUCUUUUAGCUCCUACUUCCAGGCAAUGUUUUCAGCUGAUCUUCUAGAGUCAAAGCAGGAACGUGUUGCCAUUAAUGGGGUUGAGCCCCAGAUGAUUGGCAAGCUGGUGACCUAUGCAUACACAUCAGAGGUCUUCAUUACUAAAGCAAAUGUGCAAGCGCUGCUGGCAGCUGCCAAUCUGCUGGAUGUGAUGGCUGUUCGAGAGGCUUGCUGCCGCUUUAUGGAGCGUCAGAUGGAUGAGACGAACUGUGUGGGAAUUCACUGCUUUGCAGAGGCCCAUUCCUGCAAGGAGCUGGAGAAGCACAGCAUGGAGUACAUUGUGGAGAACUUUGGAAGAGUUUCUCAACAGGAAGAGUUCCUGUCCCUCUGUGUGGACAAACUUACAGAAAUUAUCUCGAGCGACUUUCUGAACGUCCCAAAAGAGGAGAUGGUGUUUGAGGCCGUCAUGCUGUGGUUGAAUAAAUGUCCCACUCGCAAGCAAGGCUUUGAAAAGGUGCUCGAGCACAUCCGCCUGCCUCUCAUCAGCCCGUACUACCUCCAUGACUUAAUCGAGUCUUUAGAUGUUGUGAAGGAGAACCAGGCCUGUCAGAAGCUCAUCUCUGAAGCUAAGGAUUACCUGCUGCUAAAGGAUCGCCGUGGAGAGCUCUACAGCUCCAGAGCGAGGCCCCGUAGAUUCACAGGAACCGUUGAGGUGAUCGUGACUGUUGGUGGAGAGGACGACAAGGUGGUGCUGCGCAGCGUGGAGAGUUUUGAUCCCGUGACGAACCAUUGGAAGAACCUGGCCUGUCUGCCCUUCGCAGUCAGCAAACACGGUCUUGUCGUCUCAGACUCGACGCUAUAUUUGGCGGGCGGAGAGUUCCCAGAUGGCUCAGCCAGCAGAGAGAUGUGGCGCUAUGACCCCUGCUUUGACUCCUGGAUAGAGAUGGCUCCUAUGAAUGUAGCUCGCUCUGAGUUGGGUCUGGCCAUGCUGGAUGGCUUUGUUUACGCCGUCGGAGGCUGGGAGGGCCGAGGGCGUCUGAGCUCAGUGGAGUGCUACAAUCCCCGCACCAACUCCUGGCAGUUUACACCAUCUGUAAAAAUGGCCGUUACAAGCCCUGCAGUAGUUGCCUUGGAUGGUUUGCUCUACGUCACUGGAGGCGCAGUUCUUGAGGAUGGAGACGGCACUGACCUCGCUCAGGUCUAUAAUCCCAAAACUGCAGUGUGGACAGAGGUCGCCCCGAUGCAGAUUGCACGGUCUGGUUCAGCUGCUUGUACGCUGAAAGGAAGGCUCUACGUUAUAGGGGGGUGGCAUGCCUCAACUGAAAACACUGAUAAAGUCGAGUGUUUCAAUCCAAAAACCAAUCAGUGGACGAUGUGCGCUCCCAUGAAAGAGCGCCGCUACCGGCCGGGGGCUGCUGUAGUGGAUGGAAAGAUUUAUGUUUUAGGAGGUGAAGAGGGUUGGGACAGAUAUCAUGACACUAUUGAACGGUACUGUGAAGAAACUGAUGCCUGGGAGAUUGUCGGGGAGAUGCCCACCAGUCGUAGCUGGCUCAGCUGUGCAUCUCUGCAGCUGAUGAAGAAUGUCCAUAUAAGCAGUGGUCCUGCCACGCCAAGUGAAAACUGAAGCCUGACAUUGAGUGGAAACACUUCAGUGGUUUAAGAUAAUUUGCGCUCCAUCAAACAACCGUAUGACAACAUGCUUGUUGAGGCUGCUUGACAAAGGAGCCUGGAGAAGUCGCAAAAGGAGCAGCUUGGGUUUUCCGGUUGGUUCUAAAAUAUAAUGCCUUAUGGAGUUACACUGAGUCACUUUGGCUACUCCAGGAUGUUUUCUUACAUGAUCUCAAGUUACUGACACACAGUCUCUUCACCAGUAUGGACUUUUGCUCUGUUCAGUGUUAAACCAUUUACGGUUCCUUGUUGACAUCUGGGUGCCAUAAACUGAAGAAGUUUCUGGCCAACAUACUGUAUUAUGUAUUUUGAAGACCUGUCUAAAGAUGUUAAAGUUCUGUGGGGUACACUACAUUGUGAAUUAUUUUAUUUUUGGUAUGUUGCCAUUGGUGUGCGAGGCAAGGAGGGGGACCUGUGAGCAGUCUUUUGUAAUGAAACUUUGUAUUUUCUGAAGGAUUGUCUUUUCAACCUGUGAUCUGUAGAAUUUAUUUUUGUAAUGUUGCGAGUCCUUCAUGUUGGUGAAUGUAGAGUUCAUUUACAGUAAAUAAAUAACUUUAAUAUAAAUUUG